AGAGCCGAGACGAGCGUGAGCCUAAACUCUACCACCUCUCAACGACUUUUUGAGCGUUGCGAUUCGAGUGAUAGCGGCAGCGAAUCUAUGGGAGGCACCGUGUAUUCAAAAGUAAUAACUACAACUUUCAGGAAUAUAUCACAACUAGCUCAACGAGUUCUGUGUAUGACGCAUAACGUGCUGCCAGCCUAUACGACGUUAUUGGAGCAGUACCCCAUCUAUAUUGCAGCACUCGAUCAGCUCACAAAAAGCAACGCCGAAUUCCGAACUGAAAUCAGGAAUUUCGAGGAAUCAAGUCAAUGCUACAUUCCAUUGAACUGGAUUUUACUAAAGAUCCUGCACAGAAUAGUAGCUUGGCGACCGGUAACGUGCCACAAAAUUGAAAUGCUCCUUUCCGAAGGCAUCACCGAUGCCGAUUUCGGUCCAAUUCGAGUGGCCUUGGAAAAGAUCGCUCGAUUUGCGGACAGCACACGAAAGCAACGAGAAGCGAUCACGGAAUUCGUUGCGCUACUUCAGUUGGAGCUUGAUACUGCCACUCAGGGCCUUCUGACGCAACCAAAUCGGGUAAUUCCAUUUGAUAUUUCGCCAUUAGCCAACCUUCCACUUCUCGAGUACAAAUUAUGCAUGCCAUCUGUUGUCGAUCGCGUGCAUCAUUCCAAUUGUUUCAAGCUGGUCUACUCCACGCACGAAUACUUCUUCCGCACCAAUGGUUCAUAUUCAUUUCAUAGAUGGACCGAAGCUUUACGCAAAGCCGCAAUCUCACAAGUAGUGCCAGACGUCGUCACCGCUCUUUCAUUACGAAUCUGA